GUUGGAAUUAGACUGAAUGUGACUUAGUACGAGUCCUCCCGGGCAUCAUUGCCCUUCCCCCCUGUCUGACUGCGGGGACCACUUUUUAUGCCUUGCUGUGACUAUUGUACUAAAAUUGGGACUUUUGUACGGCAGUCGUCGCCUUUAAAUGGUCAUGCUGAGCUCCUCUUCUCGAUCUCUCAGCAUUUGCCAACCCAUCUUCCAAGAUGCCCAGGCCAGAACCAGUGAAUCGACAGCGGAAACGCCACAACAGGUCUCGCAAUGGGUGCAAGACUUGUAAGCUACGGCACCUCAGAUGUGAUCAGCGCAGACCCCUCUGCACCUACUGCCUACGAAGGGGUGGUGAAUGUGGAUACAAUGACGCGUCUACAACCAGCACCGACCAACCCGACACAACUCUCCCGACUGAAAAGCAAUACUGGGACAGCGAAACUCUCCCUUUGCACGGCAUGGUUACCGCCCAUGACCUAGAUGACUUGUCUAUCACCCUGACCGACGAGUCCCGUUCACUGCUUGGCCUAUUGCGCCAUUACAGUGCUCCCUUGAGCACAAUGGGCAACAAUGGAUGUUAUGACUCUCCACUCAUCAGUUGCGCCUUUUCCCAGCCCGAAUUCCUCCCCAGCGCUAUCCUUAUGGCGGCCGUCCAGUACUCGUGGAUCACCCAUUCCAUAAGCGAAACUAACCGGACCAGUACUCUCCACCACCGACUGGAAGCGGUACGCUUUGUCAACAACCAGCUCCAGGAUCCGACUUCGAUGACCAGCAAUGCCACCAUCUCCACUGUGGUUAGCUUAGCUUUGGCCGAGAGCGCUCUGGGAUGUUUUGCAGCAGCACAGGCGCAUUUGAAUGGUCUCGCCCAGAUUAUGAGUAUGAGACACCCAGGACCGACACCGAGGAUAUCAACUCGGUUCAGUCAUCUUUUGCAAUGUUUGGAGCAAAUGAGUCAAUAUUUCAAGGGCCCGAACAAAACGGAAACCCUCCAAAAAUGGGGCCAACACGACUGCAUGGCCAAGACAUCAUCCUGCGCGCUCGUCGAGCCACAGCCCGAGACAAUAGUGUUGAAGCAAGAAGGAGACUUCGACUCCGACUCCUGCACCAUUGAUCCUCGACUCGUCGAAAAGCCGUUGCCGGAGCAACCUCAGAAAAAGCCCGAGCAAGAGCCCAAGCAAGAGCCCGAGCGACCUCCCGAGCGACCUGAAGUAGCAUUACGUCGAGCCACUUUUGUCUGGUGCUGUGUCAACCUCUUCGAGAUCAUCCAACGCGACGACGUGGACCUGUUAAUCCUCAGCUGGCUGCUCGAAGGUACGCUCUUCGACCUCGUGACGACAGAGAGCCAUGUGGCAGGGCAACGCCUCGAAACCCGAGUGGCUGCUUGUAGCCCUCUACGGACUGUACUCCAUACAUGUCGUGCUGGAAAUAUGUGACGAUGCGCCCUCGCAGCAAAUAGAGCGACUGAGAGAUCAGGUUUUCGAGAGAGUCAGGUUCGUAAGUCAGAUUUUGGUCAUAGAUAAAUGGGAGGAGGCGAGGACGUACAUGACGUUUGCACACUCGGAGCCGUUUGUGUGCGAGGGCGAGUUGAGAGGGUUGUGGGAGGAGGCUUUCGCUGGUCAGGGGGUGGUCAACCAGCAGCAGGAGGCCGAGGGGGUGUUGACAUUGGCUCAGCUUAAGUUUGAAGAGAAUUAGUAGGCGGGUGAGGGGAUAGGUUGUAACUGAGGUAUGAAGAGUUUGAGUAUAUACAAAGAAGGCGUUGAGUAUAUACAGAGAAUGAGUUGAGUUUAUACAAAGAAGGGGCCCGAUCUGUCCAUAGUAAAGAGGGACCCAUCCUUCCAUGAAAACUAGAUGUGGGUCUAGCGCAUUAUAUUUGUGAA